AGUGACAGAGGCAGAGGUGUUUCAGGGCUGCGAAACAGUGCCAGAGGCUGCUGGAGGAAGAGAGAUAGAAAGGGAGAGAGAGGGAGAAAGCGGGCAUCAUGGCAGCGCUCACUGCAUCAUCACGACACAUGGGGAUGUUUGGCUGCUGCUGGUGAUGCAGAGGAGAGAGUCGAGGACUUCCUGGAAACCAAAGGCAAGACAAGGAAACAGGUACGACCAGUGAUAGGAGCCACAUGAUGAGCAGUGGGAUUCUGAAGAGAAAGCUGGAGGAGGGCCCACCUCCUUACCUGUCCCUGCAGGGCUCUGAUGAUGAUGUUUCCUGCAGCGACAGCGGCAACAGCAGUGAUAGUCUCAACCACCCUGUGCCCUCUGGACUGCUGGACUCCACGCUCCAGCAGCAGUCCAAGAGACUGCGUGGCCGCAACGUCCACUUUGAAAGCGUGACUGUCUACUACUUCAACCGGCGACAGGGCUUUACCAGCGUUCCCACACAGGGUGGAAGCACACUAGGGAUGUCACCACGUCACAGCCGUGUGAAGCGCUUCACCCUACGGGAGUUUGCCAUGGAGCAGAAGCAGAGCCAUCGAAACAUGCUAAGGGAUCAUCUCAAAGAGGAGAAACUCAAUGCCAUCAAACUCAAACUGACUAAGAAUGGCACUGUAGCAUCCAUGGAGGCGGACACCCUGACGCUUAAUGACAUCUCCGAGGAUGACCUGGAUGUGGACAACACAGAGGUGGACGAUUACUUCUUCCUCCAGCCUUUGACGACCAGGCGGCGGCGAGCUCUUCUGCGUUCCUCAGGGGUCCGGCGCAUCGAUGUGGGGGAGAAGCAUGAGCUACGUGCCCUCCGCAUGUCCCGAGAGGAGUGUGGGUGUCGCUGCCGGGGGAUAUGUGACCCAGAGACCUGUGCUUGCAGCCUGGCCGGCAUUAAGUGCCAGGUAAAUGGAACUGUGGUGGACCGGAUGUCCUUCCCUUGUGGUUGCACCAAAGAGGGCUGCAGCAACACCACGGGACGCCUGGAGUUCAACCCGGUCCGGGUGCGCACCCACUUCCUGCACACCAUCAUGAAGCUGGAGCUGGAGAAGAGCCGCGAGGAGCAGCAGCAUCAGCAUCAGCAGCAGCAGUCGGAGCAGCAGCUUGUAACCAAUGGCAACGGUUACCAUGGCGACUCCUCCUUGGUCCAGCAGCAGCAGCAGCAGUCGAACCUGCAGUUCCCACUGAUGAGCAGCACUCCGCACAUUCCCAUCAUGCACCUCCAGAACACAGGUGACACGGAUUCGCAUCUGGAUGAAGAGGAGGAAGAGGAAGAAGAAGAGGAAGAGGAGGAAGAGGACGAGGAUGAAGAGGAUGAUGAAGCCUAUGAAGAAGAUGAGGAUGGGAGCAGUAUUUGCAGCGGGUUGUCGGACUGCAGCACACACAGCUUAGAAACAAUCGACCCUGAGGAGGAGGAAGAAGAAGAAGAGGACGAGGAGGAUGAAGAAGAGGACGACGACGGUGAUGAAGACGAGGAUGAGGAGGAAGACUGGGGUUGCUCAUUGCAGGGGCCUCCGCCUUACUCAGUUCCACUUCCGUCUGUGCUUAGUUACUCAAGUAACACGCUCCUGAGCCUCGGUAACCCCUUCCACAACUCUCCCUCCAUGCAGCAUUAUCAAAUAGACAGCUCUGUAAAUGACACCCAUAAUUUUGUGAAUGAAAGCGCCAGUGUCACCCAAACCCUCCCCACAGUCGAGACUGCAUUAGAGUCCACAAUAAAGACAGAAAUCUGCAGCCAAACAGAGCCGCAGAGCAUCCCAUGCCAUUUCCCUGACCCCACAGACUCCCUAACUCUCCAAACUCCCUCACAUGUAGAAACCCGUGAGAGGAACACUGCCCCCGUCGGCUCAAACGAAGAACUGCCAGAGCUCCAGAACAAUCCAGACCAUCGUGACUCACAGACUGAGGCUUUGGCUGGGUCUGUCGAGCAGACAGACGAGGAAAUAAGGGGGCUGACGCAACCAGGACUGCAAGGGGAUGCCGGUCAGAUAACAAGCGCGUCAUCAUGCUCACAGAUACCUGAUGAGUCAAAUUCCUCACACUGAGAGGCUUCAGAUAUGAUGUGGAAAUCUAUAUUCAAGACUUGUGUUCAGCCAACAGUUUGAUUUAUUCUUGAUAAGUGCACUUCCAAAGAAUGAGUCACAGGUUUUGACACAGAAAGCUCAAAGACGUUACGUCAUUUUAGCUCCAUUUGUCUUUAAAGGUCGUUGUUUUAGAUUUUAAAAAACUACAGAACUUUCACAACAAAGCUCAAUAACAGUGUUUCUGUAAAUGAUUUGUGUA